GUCGGGCUGUGGGGCAGAGUGCGCAGGCGCAGGACUGACUUCCGGCGCGAGAGGAGACGCUUGGGACCGGAAGUUGAGGCCCUCGCGGCUGUUAGUGAGCAUCCAGCGCAUGAAAAUCCAGGAUGCACUUACACGCAUGCUAGAGAUCGCUACAGAAGCUGUGAGGUGUCCCGUGUAUCACCAGUUCAGCCAGGCCCCUGGCCUCUGUCAUCUGCAGUAGUCCUGUACCAUGAGUGAACAGGAACAUUAGCUCUUGGAAGAGAAAGAGGCUCCUCAUUGUACUGCAGGCACUGGUUUCUUAUCAUUGGAGGUGAGGAAUGGAUGAGAAUAUUUGGUCUGGAUGAUCAGAACUGAGGCUGAUUUUGUGACAGUGUUGGGAUUAGUGACAUGCCUCCUCCCAGAAUAAGAGAGGGCAAGGAUGACUGGGAUCACCGCCAAGUUCCCAGUAAGGAAGAGGUCCUAAAGAAAUGGGACUGGAAUUGUCCGGAGACACGUCGCCUCCUGGAGGAUGCUUUCUUCCGUGAGGAGGAUUACAUCCGUCGGGGGUCUGAAGAGUGCCAGAAGUUCUGGACCUUCUUUGAACGCCUGCAGAGAUUCCAGAAUCUCAAGACCUCUAGGAAGGAGGAAAAAGACCCUGGACACACCAAGCACAGCAUCCCAGCACUGGCUGACCUACCUCGCACUUAUGACCCACGUUACCGCAUCAACCUCUCCAUCCUUGGCCCUGACACACGUGGCUCUCGGGGGCUGAGCAGAUGCCUGCCCCCGGAGAGAGUGUCUGAAUUCCGCCAGGCCCUCUUACACUACCUAGACUUUGUCCAGAAGCAGGCCUUUGGGCGGCUGGCCAAACUGCAGCGUGAGCGGGCAGCACUUCCCAUAGCCCAGUAUGGGAACCGCAUCUUGCAGACACUGAAAGAGCACCAGGUGGUGGUGGUGGCUGGUGAUACAGGCUGCGGCAAGUCUACUCAGGUCCCUCAGUACCUGCUGGCCGCUGGCUUCAGUCAUGUGGCAUGCACCCAGCCCCGGCGUAUCGCCUGCAUCUCACUGGCCAAGCGCGUUGGCUUUGAGAGCCUCAGUCAAUAUGGGUCACAGGUCGGCUACCAGAUCCGCUUUGAGAGCACACGCUCUGCGGCCACCAAGAUUGUGUUCCUGACUGUGGGGCUGCUCCUGCGGCAGAUCCAGCGGGAGCCCGCCCUGCCCCAGUACCAGGUCCUGAUUGUGGAUGAAGUCCACGAGCGGCACCUCCACAAUGAUUUUCUCCUGGGUGUCCUGCGGCGCCUGCUUCCCACGCGACCUGACCUCAAGGUCAUCCUCAUGUCGGCCACCAUCAACAUCUCACUCUUCUCCAGCUACUUCAGCAAUGCCCCUGUGGUGCAGGUGCCUGGGAGGCUGUUCCCCAUCACGGUUAUAUACCAGCCACAGGAGGCGGAGCCCAGCACAUCCAAGUCAGAGAAGCUGGACCCACGACCUUUCCUGAGGGUGCUGGAGUCCAUUGACAAUAAGUACCCCCCUGAGGAGCGGGGCGACCUCCUCGUCUUCCUCAGUGGCAUGGCGGAGAUCAGCGCUGUGCUCGAGGCUGCCCAGACCUACGCCAGCCACACCCAGCGCUGGGUGGUGCUGCCGCUGCACAGCACCCUCUCUGUGGCCGACCAGGACAAGGUAUUUGAUGUGGCACCUCCUGGGGUCCGAAAAUGCAUCCUUUCCACUAACAUCGCUGAGACCUCAGUCACCAUUGAUGGGAUCCGCUUCGUAGUAGAUUCUGGGAAGGUGAAGGAGAUGAGCUACGACCCCCAGGCCAAACUGCAGCGGCUGCAGGAGUUCUGGAUCAGUCAGGCCAGCGCAGAGCAGCGCAAGGGCCGAGCGGGGCGCACUGGCCCCGGGGUCUGCUUCCGUCUCUAUGCCGAAUCGGACUACGAUGCCUUUGCUCCGUAUCCUGUCCCAGAAAUCCGGAGGGUGGCCCUGGACGCGUUGGUGCUGCAGAUGAAGAGCAUGAGCGUGGGGGACCCCCGAACUUUUCCGUUCAUUGAGCCGCCCCCACCAGCCAGCCUGGAAACUGCCAUCCUCUACCUCCGGGACCAGGGGGCCCUGGAUGCCUCAGAGGCCCUCACCCCCAUCGGGUCCCUGCUGGCCCAGCUGCCCGUGGAUGUUGUGAUUGGGAAGAUGCUGAUCCUGGGCUCCAUGUUCAGCCUGGCCGAGCCCGUGCUCACCAUCGCGGCCGCGCUCAGCGUCCAGUCGCCCUUCACACGCAGCGCCCAGAACAGCCCCGAGUGUGCAGCAGCACGGCGGCCGCUGGAGAGUGACCAGGGCGACCCCUUCACGCUCUUCAACAUCUUCAACGCCUGGGUGCAGGUGAAGUCGGAGCGGAGCAGGAACUCCCGCAAGUGGUGCCGUCGCCGAGGCGUGGAGGAACACCGGCUGUACGAGAUGGCCAACCUGCGGCGUCAGUUCAAGGAGCUACUGGUGGACCAUGGGCUGCUGGCUGGGGCACAGGCCGCACAGCCGGGGGCCAGCUACACGCGGCUGCAGCAACGCCGGGAGCGCCGAGCACUACACCAGCUGAAGCGACUGCAUGAGGAGGGUGGGGGGCGCAGGCGCAAGGUGCUCCGGCUACAGGAGGAGGAGCCAGGUUGCUCCAGCGAUGAGGACCCUGCCAGGCCAGCCUCCCAGGGGGCUGGUGACGUGGACAUCCAGGAUGUGAAGUUCAAGCUCCGGCAUGACCUGGAGCAGCUGCAGGCAGCCGCCAGCUCGGCCCAGGAGCUGACCCGUGACCAGAUGGCCCUGCUCAAGCUGGUGCUGGACCGGGGCCUCUACCCGCAGCUGGCCGUGCCGGACGCGUUCAACAGUGGCCGCAAGGACUCAGACCAGAUCUUCCACACCCGGGCCAAGCAGGGUGCCGUGCUGCACCCCACCUCCAUCUUCGCCAGCAGCCCUGAGGUGCUGCACGCGCGGGAGCAGGAGGCCGAGGGCCGUGUGGGGAGCCGAGAUGACAAGGACAAGAGGAGCAGCGGACACCAGCUCCUCACCUUUGUGUCCCUGCUGGAGACCAACAAGCUGUACCUGGUGAACUGUGUCCGCAUCCCUGCCCUGCAGUCCCUACUGCUGUUCAGCCGGUCCCUGGAUACCAAUGGUGAUUGCACCCGCCUGGUGGCCGACGGCUGGCUAGAGCUGCAGGUGGCGGACAGCGAGAGUGCUGUCCGGCUCCUGGGGACUUCCCUGCGGCUCCGGGCCCACUGGGAGAGCGCCCUGGACCGUCAGCUGGCUCGCCAUGCCCAGGGCCGGCUGGAGGAGGAGGAAGAGGAGGACCCACCUGUCAGCCCUAAGGAGGUGGCAUCCCUGAGCAGGGAGCUGCUCUGCUUCAUGGCAUCCAAGGUUCCCUACAGCCUCCGGAGGCUGACAGGGCUCGAAGCCCAGAACCUCUACGUGGGGCCCCAGACUGUCACGACUGCCCCCAGCCUCCCCGGCCUCUUUGGCAGCUCUGCCUUGACCCUCCACCCCACCAAGGGGGGCUAUGCCGUCACGGACUUCCUCACCUACAACUGCCUCACGAGCGACGCCGACCUGUACAGCGACUGCCUGCGCACCUUCUGGACCUGCCCCCACUGCGGCCUGCACAUGCCCCUCACGCCCCUGGAGCGCAUCGCCCACGAGAACACGUGCCCAGAGGCCCCGCGGGAUGGCCCCACAGGGGUUGAGGAAGCCACCCCCGAGCUCCCCCAGAAGGCGACUGCCCUGCAGCGGCCCUACCACUGCGAGGUCUGCCAGGAGGACUUCCUGUUCACACCCACAGAGGUGCUGCGGCACCGCAGGCAGCACGUGUGAGCCAGGCCACCAGCCCAGGGCCGCCACCCGCGCCAGAAACCCGGCCCCUGGGGGGACCAGGACGGGCUCCAGCCUGAACCCCAGCCCAGGGGCGGACUAUGGCCCUUCCCCGCCCUGGGAGGGCACAUGAAUAAAGGUAUAAAGACUACCUCCUGGGGCUGGCAGCCGGCGCGGUGGUCAUGGCGCUGCACUCCCACACGGCCUACUAUGGUUCAGUCCCGGACCUGGAGGCUUGCUUUCUCACU